UACUAAGUGGAUCAGAUACAUAUUAUUUCCUAAUUAACUCUUAUUGAUUUCCCAUCUAUCGUUGGCUAAAUAUAUUAAUGUUCGAUCAGAAACGUAAAAAAUGUGAAUGUUGUGAGGAGUAUGGAAAAGCUGUGGCUUCCGGAUUGUUUCGUAAAAAGGAAAUAGGACGUGAUAUGAAAGAAAUACUUAAAACUGGCAUGAACCGAUGUUUAACAACAGUGGAUUUGAUAGCAUAUGGAUUAGGAUCCAUGCUUGGUGGAAGUAUAUACGUACUUACCGGUGCUGUAAUGAAUAGACGAACAGGGCCUGCAGUAUUUUUAGCGUAUAUAUUGGCUAGUUUUGUGGCAUUACUUAAUUCUCUAAACUAUUCUGAAUUAGCAUGUCGUAUACCAAAGGCUGGUUCUUCAUAUACGUACACAUAUUUUAUCAUGGGUGAAUUUCCUGCUUUUAUAACUGGAUGGGCAAUAUUACUUGAGUAUAUACUAGGCAUAUCACUUGUUGCAAGAUGUUGGAGUAGUAUGCUUGACACUCUUGCAGACAAUAAUAUAAGUAAAUGGACAAUACACAAUGUUGGUAGAUUAUCUCAUCCAGGUGGUGUAUUAGCUGAAUAUUAUGACUUUGUCGGUGUAUUGCUGAUUAUUUUAUUGUCAGCUAUAUCUUGUUGUGGAGUUCGUGGCAGUGCAAAAGUGACAGCAGUUUCAAUUUUUGUAAAUGUUGGUGUAUUAACAGUAACAUCAAUCUAUAUGUUUGUAUACAGCAAAACAGAAUAUUUGUAUAUCACUUCACCCAAUAUUACAGUAGAUAAAUUUUCGCCAAAUCCAAACUUUUUACCAUUUGGAAUACCAGGUUUAAUAGGUGGUACAGCAAUUUGUUUUAAUGUAUUCAUUGGAUUUGAUGCAAUAUCAACAUGUGCAGAAGAAGCCAAAAAUCCUAGUUAUAGUUUACCUAGAGCGAAUAUUAUAGCCGUUAUAACUGUAGCGAUUUUGACCACAUUAUCUUCAUUAGCAUUAACUUUGUAUUACCCUUGGUUUCUUAUUAGUACCGAAAGUUCAUUUUUAAGUGCAUUAAAAGGUAAUACACUAAAUGGUGGACCAGAAAAUGUACGAACUGGAAUGUUUUAUUUUGUUGGUGUUGGAUCAUUAAUUGGAUUAAUUGCAUGUUUAAUUACAUCAUUAGUUGCUGCACCAAGAAUUAGUUAUGCUAUGGCUCAAGAUGGUCUCAUUCCUACUAUUUGUUCUCAUCUUUGUCAACCUUUUAAGACACCUGCCAUUUCAACAACAUUCGUCACAAUUAUAACAGCCUUACUAACAUUGAUUUUCAGUGUGGAUAGUUUAGCUGAUUUUAUGAGUUUAGGGACGUUAAUCGCUUAUUCCAUUACUGCAAUAGCUAUCAUAUGUAUACGCUACAAAAAACAAUCUGAUAGUCCACAAAUGUUAACUGAAACUAAUCAAAUCGAAUCAGACAGCAUUGAAAAGGAUAAGCCUAUUAAACAAGUGGAACAUUACCGAAAACGUAUUGAUAAACCAGGAUUUGUAAAAUCUCCAUAUGCUCAUUGUAUCCCUAAUUGCAUAUUGAAGAUUUUCAAUUCAGGUUCACCUGGUGAUACAGUUGUUAUGAUCAUGGCUACUUAUAUUAUAUUAAAUGGUGUUUUAAUUAUGUGUUUGACAAUAGGAGCGAAACAUGAAUUGUGGCCAGUAUGGAGAAUUGUUUGUGUAGUGCUCAUUUUAGCAUUAUUGAUAUCUUGUAUAAUAUUGAUGAGCAUUUUUAAACAAUUUGGACCACCUUACAAAGGUUUGUUUCAGCUUCCUUACGUUCCGUUUAUCCCAUGUGCAACGUUAACUAUAAACGUAUUUUUGAUAAGUGAACUUUCAUGGGUUACCUGGAUAAGAUUUACUAUUUGGAUAGUAAUCGGUAAGUACUUUGUGUAUUGUUAUAUAAAUAUAAGCGGGGGUUUGAAAACCCGUAAACUCUUAGAAAGUGGUUAAAACCUAGUCAUAGAAUACUCCAUUCUUAGAAGAUUCACCCUAAUAACGAACAAAAUUACCUAGUAUUUUUUUAAAAUGCCUAGCGAAUAUAGCUACCUACUGUAGAUAACGAUAAGUCAUCAGAUGCUAACCAAUAUUACUACAACAUAAUGCUAAAAUUCGACUAUUAUAGUAAAGAUAUCCCAUACGUAACCAAUUAGCAUUGUCUGAACAUCAAAUAAAUAUGUUCAUUUCAAAGCGCUAUGCUUAUUAUAGUAAAAUCAAACUAAUAUUAGACGUGAAUUCACUGUAAAAUGCUUAUUUAAAGUACACUGAGAAAGUGAUUUUCGAUACGAUUAGUACAUUGAGGCGAAUUAGAUAAUUAUUACAUUUUUUUACAAAAUUGCAUCAGUCUAAUAUAAAUUACAAUUUCAACUUCCUUCGAGCAAUUUUAUGAGCCUUGAGAAUCAAUAAUAAGUGAUUUUCACCGUUUCGCUGUAAGCCCACUAUUUCCAUCCAUUUAGGUGAUGACUUCCAAGAUUAAUUUCAAGAUCACAAAGAAUUAAGAGAUAAUAGACAACUUUCUUGUUUCGCCCUUUGACUCUGAAACAUUAUGUAAAUGCGUUGUGAUUUAAAUGAAAUCCUGACGAUACAUUCAGUAUAUUAUCUUCGAGUUGCCAAUGGUGAGAAUCGUUUCCAAUUUAUUUUAGUCAUGUUGAAAUCUUUAUCUAACAUAACUAACUAAUAUUCUUCCGGCUAAAUUUUUUUACAGAUCAUUACUUCUAUCAGCAUAUUCUAAAUUUAUAUCAGUCUGUGGUGGUCAAUAUUCGAUAUUAUCCCUAACCGUCGUAUAUUGUUCGUCCUGAUCAUCGUUACUCGUCAACCUUCCAACGGUGUAUAAAUCAGAAGGCGAAUACGAAGGGUUUAUUGCGUUUAUUAUUUAACCACACACAGAUAUCCAAAAAUUACAAGCAAGCAUGAAAGAGUAGCGCCGUAAAGCAGGCGAGUGAGAGAGUCGAAUGAGCGAGUACAGUACAGUGAACAGGAUUAAGAUGUACAUAUAUAUACAAAUGGAAAAGCAUGAAUCAUCGAAUCAAUUAAGCGAUUAAUAGCAAGGCUAGCAGAAUGAAUACAUGCGUAGGCAGUAAGCAAUGCUCAAGCGUACAUAAUAAAGGUACAAUAGUAUAGAUAGGUUGUUGUUGUACGAAUGACUGUCCGUUAAAUAAGUUAACAAAAGGGCUUAGCAAAAUUAGAUGUAAACAAACUCAAUUGCAUGUGAGCUGCCAUAAGUCGACUCACAAAAUAAUAAUUAACAGUUAUUAGUGUAAUUAAACUUUUUGUGUAAUCCAGGUUAAUUAAGUGUUUAAAAAUAGAAAACAUACAUGAAGAACGUAAUUGACACAUUUUCUUUUGAUCAAACUUAGUGGGCCCUAAAAUUUCGAAAUUCUUCAGUGAAAUGGAAAUUCAUCUUCAGUAAACAGAAGUCAAUUACCGACGUCCAUUCUUAUACAUCAUUUAGAUUGCAUAAUUUUAAAUAAUGUAUCCUGAAGUUAUACUUAUUUUUUUCCUCAUUGUUUCAUAUUUAUACAAGGUUUGAUACUUUAUUUUGGAUUUGGAGUAAUGAAUACAUAUCGACUAUCUAAAGAUAACGAAAGUGACAAUUCACAAACUUAUCUACAUGAUCCAAACGAUGAGAAAGAAUUCGAUAAAACUUACAUGUCUACAGAUAAGGCUACAUAAGAAGUCCUUCAUGAAUAGAUGGUGCUGACAAAACAGUUGGAUUUAAAUUUUUUUAUUUCUCUCUUCACACUUAUUUAUCUUCUUAAUUUGUUUAUAUUUUACCACAAAUAUAAUGAAUACAACUGAAAUAACUGCUAUCAUUUCAUAUGUAGAUACCAAGAGGUCGUUAUCGUUAGUACACAAUGAUGAUAAAUAAUACUUAUGGCAAGAAACAGAAUGAUACUUCGAAGUUUGGACUUAACAAAAGCCACAAACUCUACAUUUUAUUCUACACAUACUACUAAAUUUCACAGAACUAUGAUGGAUUGUAAAAAUUUUCUUACUGCUUAUUUUUUUGAUCAAAUUAUAAUUAAUGAGGAGGGAUAGAUAAACCAAAAUUAUCUGAGAUUAUGAACUAUAUUGUUUUAUGUAAUCUAUAAAUAAAUAACAUUAUAAUCAGCUUUCAGUAUGUUAUAAAUUUUGUUCAUGCUGAAUCAAAUAUAUACAUGUAUAAUACC